AUGGCAGAGAUGAAAAGGGAGAGAGAGAAGGAUGCACUAGAGCUCUCGACUCUGAGAAGGGAAAAUGCUACCUUGAGAGGAGAGAUCAGAACACACAUCCCUUCCCAAAAUACACCUAUCAUCCAGGAUCAGGGGGAAUCCUCGGCGCUGCAAGAGAAAUCAAAACAGGUUUAUCAAUCUGAAGCUAAAAAUGACCGAGACGAUCUCGUAAGCCGAAGCCCAUUUGUUCACCAUAUACUGGAGGAUUUUUCCCACCUCACUCCGAGGGCCUGCACUCAGUUGGUUCACCCGACUCCCCUUUCAUCUAUCGACUCUUUUGUAACACUCGCAAGACGAUUCAACUUGCAGUUCGCCACAAGCCGACCUCAUCCCUUAACAUCCUUGGCGCUGGUCAACAUUCGCCAAGAAAAGGGAGAGUCACUUAGAGCGUUCAUGGAACGCUUUGGCAAAGUGACCCUUUCGAUCUAUAACUUGGAGCCAGCAGUGGCCAUGCACCACCUCACAACGGCCUUAAAGCCAGGACCUUUCGUUAAUAGCAUCUGUGAAAAACCACCUGUCGACCUAGACAAGUUAAGAAGUCAGGCUGCAAAGUAUAUGCAGAUGGAAGAAUUGUCCAAGUACCAAAACCGGAUACGGAUGGACCAAGGGUCCAAUUCAAAAAAUACAGACAGGAGAGAAGCUUUCAAGGCUAGGCAGAGAAAUAAGAGAAGAAAUGAACUUGAAAGGCCACCCCAAGGACCUAAGUAUCCUUCCUACACUACGCUCAACACUAAUCGGUCCAGAGUACUUGAUCAGGCAUUAGCCACAGAAAUAUUGAGAAUGCCUAAACGCGCCAACACCCCUCCUCGGGCAGAUAAAAGCAAGUCUUGCCGAUAUCAUCAGAACAGGGGUCACACCACUAAGGAGUGUACAACGCUAAAAGAUAAGAUUGAAGAAUUAAUCAAGGAAGGAUAUUUAAAAGAUUUUGUACAGACAAAUCCCAUCGGUCAAAUUAAGAGAGGAAGAGAUCAAUACCCUGAACCGCUGAGGAGAUCCAAUGACAAAAGAUUCGAACAACAGAGGAGUAGGUCCAGGGAACCCCAGCUAGAAGAUACGAUGAACCAGAAUCCGGAUCCCCCUAUUACAUUCACUGACGAUGACUUUCAAGGAGUCGAUUCCGUGCAGGACGAUCCCAUGGUCAUUAGUGUAGAUAUUCUUAAUUGCACCGUCCAGAAAACACUAAUUGAUCAGGGGAGCUCGGCUGACAUCCUGUAUUGGAAUACGUUUAAGCAAUUAGGCAUCCCAAAAGAAGAGCUCAGAGAAUAUCAUGAAUCGUUGGUUGGUUUUUCUGGAGAAAGAGUGAAAACUCGGGGCUGCAUUGACCUGUAUACCUCGUUUGGAUCAGAGCACGAGGGAAAGCGAGUAAAAGUCACUUAUCUUGUGGUGCAUGCGAAUACCUUCUAUAAUAUACUACUCGGCAGACCAUCCCUAAAUAAGUUGAAGGCUAUAGUAUCCACUCCACACUUGGCCAUGAAGUUUCCAUCUGAAAGAGGCCGAAUCGUUACAGUUCAUGCUGAUUAG